AGACGCGUUAACAACAUGUUCGGAAUCGCGUUGGCAAUUGUUCUCUGUUUAUCCGUUUCGGUUCAAGGCAUAUUUCCUGACGAUCCCAAACCUUGCAAAUAUGGCGAUGGAGAAUGUAUCAUAAAACUGGUCAACACACUGUUUAGUGAGAGAUCUUCGGAGGCGGAUCCUGGUCUCAACCUGGAGCGCUUGGAUCCCCUCAAGGUGGACAAACUGGUCAUUAGCCAGGGAGAGAGUGCCAGUCCCGUGGGCAUAACUCUUACUUUUACCGAUAAUUUACUGUACGGCAUCAAGGACCAAAGGAUAGUUAAAGUGAAGGGAUUCGGCAAGGAUCUCACCACAAAACACGAAGUGAAGAUCGUUGCGAAGAACUUCUCACUGGUAGGACCCUAUAACAUCAACGGCAAGGUACUGAUUCUACCGAUUAGCGGAACAGGACAAAGUAACAUGACCAUGGUUAACGUCAAGGCAAUCAUUAGCUUCUCGGGAAAACCGUUGGAGAAGAACGGGGAGACUUACUUGGAUGUUACUGACUUCAAAAUUACGAUGAGGCCAGACUCCACCCACUAUCAAUUUACAAAUCUCUUUAAUGGCGACAAGGCGCUGGGUGAUAAUAUGAAUGUAUUUUUGAACGAGAAUUCGGAGGCCAUUUACAAGGAGACCGCGGCGGCCAUCGAUCGUUCCUUCAGCCAGCUUUAUAUGGGAAUCGUAAAGGGUGUGUUCUCUAAUCUGCCGUAUGCCAAGUUUUUUGCCGAGGAAUAA